CUCAGGGUGAUGGGAAGCCACGAAUGCAACUGAAAAGGAAAAUCAGCUAUAAAUGCUCCUUAACCACUGCGGCAUUUCUCUCUCGCCAUUCUCUUGCUCGAGUCAAUACAGUAUGGCUCUCGAUAAAUCCAAAGCUAAUAGGUGGGUGGGCGCUGCCAUCCUGUGCGUCUUGGGAAUAUUUGGCCUCGUCCUACUGCUUCAGCUUGCUGCUAUGGUGUUCGGCCCUUCGAAGUCUGCUUGUACUAAGCAAGUAUGUCUUGCGAAAUUCUUGGAGGGGCCUCCUGCAUUCAAUAACGAGGCGAUGGUCAAUCAUCUGAAGAAGAACUUUUUCACGCCUCCAGCGGCGGGAGACUACAAUCUCUCAGGGUUCUCUUCCACUGAAGAAAGCUUCCAUGAAGUCAUCAGAUACAUCAAAGACCACUUCAGUAAUAAGAGAAACGGAAUAUUUGUCGAUCUUGGUGCUGGAGAUGGUGAGUAUAACUCCAUCAGCUUGGAGCUUGAAAGGUCUCUGGGGUGGACGGGCCUACUGAUCGAACCCAAUGAAGAGCUCUACAAGCGCCUCCUGAAGAAGGGAAGGAAGGCGACUUCUGCCAAGAUUUGUGUUUCUCCCUUUUCCUAUCCAGCAAAGCUGAAGCUCUCCUACCCUGUCAGGGAAAUGUCAACGGAGCUGCAGACUGUCCAGGCUCUCGGUAGAACAAAGCUGGAUCAACUAGAUGACAAAGAGGAAUCUACCGAAUACAAAGUCUUUGAAGCCCAGUGUAUCCCGCUAGAGAAUUUAGUCUACGCGGCCGACAUAAGGAGUUCAAUCGAUCUUCUCAUUCUGGACAUGGCGGGUUCUGAUCUAGACGUCCUCAUCAGCACCAAACUUGAGCAGAUCCCGGAGUUUGAGAUGAUCGUCAUACGCGCAGGUGGCGCAGAUAUUGGAUCCGAACUCGGUGGCUACUUCCUGGAAAGGAACAUGGUCGUGAAGAAAGUAUUUGGUAAUAGCCCAAAGGACGGCAUCUUCGUUUUGAUUAAAUUCGAUGCACGAAGAGAUCUCUAGAAGACGGGCGUGCUUAUUGAAGGGUUUAAUCCUCCAAAGGAGCUAGGACGUCAUAAACAUCCCUGGUCUAUCUGAGGUCCCUUUUCCUGGAGCAGUUUCUUCUUAAGUGAAAAUUUAAUGCAGUGUUCAAUGUACGAUGUUCAUGGGGUGUAUUAAGGACUUUCAAUGCUCUUCCUUGAAUUAGGAGCAUCUUCAUACUUCUCAAUUUUCGUUUAUCAUCAAGGGUCAAAUUAUUUGGUUGAGAUCCAGUUACCUUGAGAUUUAUGCAUAUUCCUGGUUUUCCUAAGACUGAUAUCAUGCUUGACGACUAAUUGAAAACAACAUAUAAUAAAUAAGAAUAACCAAAGAGCAUGAAAUACUAAGUUUGACUUGUGAUUAUUGGUGAUUUUGACGAAAUCAGCAAUAUAGUUGUAAAAAAUACCUUUCCUUCGUUCUUAAAUUUACGAUGCAUUUUAGUAUAUGUAGCACAGCUUAUAAAAAUUUCUUAUGCUGAUAACAAUGCUUUUAUUCAGUAAUGAAAAUAUGUAUUUUUGGUUUCUUAGCAAUAACAAACACUACUAUGCCUAUCAUUUGGGAAAAUAAAGUAUAUAACAAAAAUAUUAUGACCCAAAAACAAUAAA